GGAAUAUGGGAUCUGUCAGAGGGCCAAUGGCUGAUUUCUGUGAUGAUGGAUUUUAGCAGAGGGGUCACAAGGGGUGUAAAGGUAAAAGAACCUGUCUGUGCUAUCCCAAAUGCAAACAAAUUUGCUAGCCUUGAGUAAAGUCCGAUGGGGAUCACACAGAGGCAGACUGGAGAGGACCGAGUAGUCUAAUUGGGAGAAAAAGACCCAGAUUAAGCGCACAUCGUCAGGCAAGAGGUUGUGGUAUCAUGGAUCUUCUGCACAGUUGGGGGGUCGAGCUGGCGGUCCAUCUGCAGAACACAUACAGCCAGUAUGAGGGCUUGUUCAGCCUGGCGUCCACAGUGGCCGACCUGCACACCACCUUCUUCUGCUUCUUCCCGAUCUGGUUCCAUGUGUGGAGGGACACGGGGCUCCGGCUCAUCUGGGUCGCCGUCAUCGGAGAUUGGCUAAAUCUGGUCCUGAAAUGGGUUCUGUUCGGAGAAAGGCCGUACUGGUGGGUUCAUGAGACCCGGUUUUAUGGAGUAGGACCGGCCCCUUCCUUGCAGCAGUUUCCCAUCACAUGUGAGACUGGACCAGGGAGCCCCUCAGGUCACGCUAUGGGUGCAGCUGGGGUUUGGUACGUGAUGGUAACAGCACUGCUCGCUAUAGCAACAGAGAAGCGAUGUCCUCCUUUACUGUACAGAUUCCUGCAGCUGGGCCUGAUGGUGCUGAUGGUCCUGGUGUUGCUGGUGGUCUGCAUGUCCAGGGUCUACAUGGCUGCUCACUUCCCACACCAGGUUAUCGCUGGAGUCAUUACAGGUGUCCUGGUCGCUGAGGUUGUCUCCAAGCAGAAAUGGAUCUACGGCGCCAGCAUGAAGAAAUACUUCUACACGACUCUGUUCUUGACCUCCUUCGCUGUGGGCUUCUACCUGCUGCUCAGAGUGGUGGGCGUGGACCUGCUGUGGACUCUGGAGAAAGCCCAGCGGUGGUGUGAUAAGCCGGAGUGGGUCCACCUGGACAGCACGCCCUUCGCCAGCCUGCUGCGUAACAUGGGCACGCUGUUCGGCCUGGGCCUCGGCCUGCACUCGCCCCUCUACACCCAGACCAAGGAGCAGAAAACAAGCACCGGUUCUAAGACUGGAUGUAUUAUUGUCUCCUUAUUUCUGCUGCAGCUGUUGAAUGGAUGGACAUUCUCCUCUGAUGAUCUCAUGACUUUCUAUUUUUUGUCUUUUGGUAAAAGUGCAUUUGCACUAUUAAUCCCGACCUCUCUGGUUCCCGGGGCGCUCCGCUGGAUUUUCAAAGAAAAGAGAGAAGACAAAAACUUGUGA